UACUCGAUCGAAAUAUAUCAGUCUAAAUGAUGAUAUGAAUUUAGACAAGAAAACUUAUUCCAAAAAAGAAAAAACUAAUAUAAAGAGAGAUCGGUCUAGAUCUUCAGAGAGUUCCUCAAAUGAUGAAAAAGAUGGAGUUCUCAAACACAAAAAGAGGAAGCUAAUGAAACACAGCAAAAGCAGAAGCGAGCGUAAAUAUAAGAAAGGAAAGAAGAGGACCAGUUCAUCAGAUUCCUCCACCUCGGAAGAUUCAUCAACCAGCAGUAGUUCUGAUAGCAGCUCAUCGUCUUCAGAGGAAGAAAAGAAACGUAAGAAAAAAAGUAAAUUGAUCAGUAAAACGACCAAGAAAAAGAAACCAAAGAAGAAACCAGAAGAUGAUGGACCUUCCGCUGAUAUUCCAUUAGAACUUAUGGACAAAAGAAAAACUUUGGCUCCAAUGACAAAAGAAGAAUGGGAAAAGAAGCAGAGCGUCGUUCGUAGAGUUUACGAUGAAUCCACUGGACGGAACAGGCUCAUAAAAGGCGAUGGAGAAGUAAUAGAAGAGAUUGUGAGCAGAGAUCGGCAUAAACAAAUCAACCAACAAGCCACCAAAGGAGAUGGAGAAUUUUUCCAAAAUCAGUUGAAAAAAUUGUGAAAAUUUCGUCAGAUAUAAAAAAAAAAUUACUAAAAGGAGAUACUCCCACGUUUAUUUAUUUCAAUGCGCUGGUUUUUGCGUAAUCCACAGAAGUUUGAAGCGUUGGACGAGCAAUAGUUUCAAUGUAUUCUUCAUAACAUAUUAAAUCAACUGAAAGAUAAAAA